UCUCGUUCUUAUACCCAAGUCUCAUAUCCUUGUCCUCCUCUCCUCCCCCUUCGCAUCUCCCUCUUCGACUCCUCUUACACGUCGCGCCUGUCUCCGCUCGCAUCGCAUUACCCGUCUCGCUCCCUCCUGUCACCCUACAAGUGUUUGUUGUCCCAGCACUGGCCCCAAGCGUCAAACACAAACAAACCAGCCCAGCAACAACCUUCCCUCCCGCCAGGCAGUUCACAACAACCAUCCAGCAUACGCAUUCUAGGCGCAUCCUUGUACCUCCCAAACUCGUCACUUGCGAACAUCCAAGCUCUCUCCCGCCCCCCCUCCUUACAUGCUCAUGAUCGGCACCAGCUGUUGAUUCUCGCGCCGUCUCCUCGCCCCAAGCCACCACCCCGUCAAGCCUCCACCUCCACCCCUCCCAACCACCCCGCUGUUUCAUCUCGCGUCUUCCGCUCACGCGCUCCAUGUCGAGCAUAUACGACACCGAGUUCUCGCGCCGCAUACGAUCCUCUGUCUCUACGCCGCCGAGGUCACCCGCCAAGCGAGUACCCCACACCAAAGAACGAGAUGUGUUCGGCGAUGUUGAGCGCACGAGGAGUCCGCGCGGCAUGAGCCCCCUGUCGUCGGUGUCGGCGAGCAAGGGCAAGGCCGUGGUGAGAGAUUACGGUGACAGGUUCAUCCCCACACGAGAUGGUUCAGACCUGCACGCCGCGUACGCGCUCUUACCCGACUCGAGUGGAAACCAUGACGGCCCCUCCAAGCCUCGGCAAAGGAGGAAGAGCGGACAUGGGCAGUGCACAGACGCCGAGGCCCGUCGUGAGGAAGUCAAUGCGACGUUUUCUCAUCUCCUGAAGAACGAGCUCUUCCCCGUGCCUCUCUCGCCGUCACGCCGCAAGUCGGCCUUCUCCCCGCCACCGUCAGGUAACCAUGGCUCGCCUGUGACGCCAUCGAAGAAGAGGAUCCUCAACUUUUCGUCGCCAGCUUCAAGGCGAAUGGCCCAGCUCACCAACGGCGGCACCCUCGACGACAUGAACCACGACAGGUAUAGCCUGAGUCCAGUUGGCCGCGAUACGCAGCGAGUACUGCUCAGCCCCCGCAAGAGUGUCAGACAAAUCUCACGAACACCGUUCAAGGUGCUUGACGCGCCUGAACUCGCCGACGACUUCUACCUCAAUCUCGUUUCAUGGUCCCAGUCCAAUAUCCUCGCCGUCGGACUCAACAGCUGUGUGUACUUAUGGAGCGCACAGACCAGCAGAGUCACCAAGCUCUGCGAGAUGGCUGGCAGUGGCGUUGAUGGUGACGACUGUCUGGAUACGAUUACCGGGCUCGAGUGGACCAACAAGGGAAGCACAAUAGCUAUUGGCACAAGUCACGGCUCGGUCGAAAUCUGGGACGCCGAGUACUGCAAGCGCAUCCGCACAAUGUCUGGGCACACGGCGCGUGUCGGCUCGUUGGCAUGGAACAACCACAUCCUGUCAUCAGGCUCCCGGGAUCGCACCAUUCUGCACCGCGACACUCGUGCUCCCGAUCAGUACAUUCGACGCCUCUCCGGCCACCACAAGCAAGAAGUCUGUGGUCUCAAGUGGAACUUGGAUACCGACCAGCUUGCGAGCGGUGGCAACGAUAACAAGUUGUUUGUCUGGGGAGGCACGGACACGCGUCCGACCUGGCGCUUUGGCGAGCACCGUGCGGCCGUCAAAGCCAUCGCAUGGAGCCCUCACCAGCGCGGCGUCCUAGCCAGUGGUGGCGGUACUGCCGACAAGAAGAUUCGAUUCUGGAACAGUCUCACCGGUGGUCUCGUCAGCGAGUGGGAUACGGGUUCGCAGGUCUGCAAUCUCAUGUGGUCCAAAAACUCGAACGAGCUGGUCUCGACCCACGGCUACUCUGGAGGGCCUGUCCAGAACCAGAUUCAAAUCUGGAAGUACCCAUCCAUGACUCAAGUCGCAACGCUCACGGGCCACACAUAUCGUGUGCUCUACCUCGCCAUGAGCCCCGACGGCCAGACGAUUGUGACGGGUGCCGGUGACGAGACGCUUCGCUUCUGGAAUGCCUUCCAGAGAGGGAGCGACAACUUGUUUGACGGCGCGACAUUCGCCUCCCCGCUCUCAAUGGUCGACGAGCACGCCCCGCCAGGCGGCGGCUAUGUCGCACCCUUCGACACGAGCUUCCUCGGCGUCGACGCCGACCCCGACCCGCUCGGCACGCACGGCGCCGGCGCGCAGAACGGCAACGGCGACCAUGGCGACCUGCACUCCGAAGCAGAGCACUACCCCGGCCUUGUCGUGUCCAACGGCAUGGGGCUCUCGUUCGACAACGAGAUGGCCGACAUCCUCGACCCGUCGGCCAAGCAGCAGAGCGUCACGACACCGGCAGCAGCGCCCAACAUCGCCCCCUGGCUGCAGGAGGACGAGCCGACCCCGCGCCCCGCGCCAACGCCGACGCUCGACAGCCCGCGCCCGCCCAGCCCGGCGCCGACGGCCGCCUCGGGCGGCUCGGCGGGCCUCAGCCAGCCCCCGACACCCGUGAUGGGCGGCACUGAGAAGGUGGAGAAGCGGAAGCACCAUUUCCCGUCGGUUCCUUCGCUUCCGCGCGUGCUGAGGCACCACCAGCACCACCACCACCACUCGCAGGACGACACCGAGUAUCCCGGCACGCCGAGCGGUGCGCCGAGCCCGCGCUCGGGCAGUGUGUCGAGCCUGGUCGACACGGCGGCCGCGACCCCUGCGGGUUCGAGGGCGCCGAGUAUCCGCGGUGGACAGCGCGAGCCGAGCCCGCCCCCGUUCGAGCGUGAGAGACAAUACUCGAUCGCGUCGACGGGCUCGGCGUCGUCCAGCCACUCGACACACCGCUUCGCCCGCUUCGGCAGCGUCGCGGCUGGCGCGUCGACGUCGCCCGUGGAGAAGAAGCAGAAGGGCGGCCUGUUUAGCAAGUUGAAACGCCGGACGGGGCAGAGCGUCAGCGCUGCGUCGGGAUUCUCGACACAUCCUGAUCUCCGGCCGAUGCCACAGAGGAGCGUUACUGGACCGCAGCAGCAACGCCAGCAGUCGAUCUCGGUCCCAGGAGGACUGACGAUGACGAGCCUGCCGACCGGAGGGCAACGGCAGGCGAGUAUCUCGUCGACGAGCAGCAGCAGCGGCAGCACGUACCCCGCCUUCCCGUCGCCGCUGAGCAGGAGACGGUCAUCACGCGCGGCGACGAGUGACAUCUCGCCGCUCGACGAGCUAAGCGAGCCGGAAUUCCACAUCGACAUGGAUCUCGACGACAUGGAGGGCAUCGUCGACCCGACGCUGAUCAACGCACGCCCGUCGGUGCCAGGGCCUGUUUCAGGCGAGGAUGCGCCCGACCUGGGACUCGCAGACGCGCUGCACCAUACCAGCAGCUUCGCCUCCGGGACAGACGUCCCACCAGGCAGAAGCAUCGUGCAAGAGUCUACAGGUGCCGCGAGCUUCGCGAGAGCCAACCCGUUCGCGUCGACUGGCUCGUCAGGCGGCUCGGACCAGCUCAAGGCUGGGGCCCACACCCCGCCAUCGCCGUCAGAUGUGUCGCCUAAACACUCGACUGUGCCUGGUGCUAGCAACGCGCCCAGGAGACCAUCACAGCUGAGAAAUGUCAAGAUGGACUCGAUCGAUUCAUCCGCGUCAGACCAGACGUCGCCGCUCGCCCCGUCCUGGGCCCAAGGCAUGACGGGCAGCAAGGCGGGCAUGUUCAGCGACCCGUUCGGUGUCGCCGUCGCUGGGAGUGGGGCACAGACGUCUGUCUCGCCAUCACGAAACGACUACCUCAAGGGCCCGCAUGGGAGUAUCGCCCCGGCGAUCCCGCCGUUCUCGGCCACGUCAAGUGCUGCGGCGUGGGCUGCCCCGGAGUCAUGGGGCGUCGAGGGAGACGAGCUGGGCGAGGAGGACGAGGAGGGAGGUUUGAGCGAGGAGGACGAGGACUGGGCCGAGGAGGACGGCAACAGGGUAACCACCCCCACACAGCUGGACCCACAGCGUGGCAGCGCUGGCAGUGACCAGUUGCACAAUGGCAACCAACAUCACCACCACCACCACCAUCACCACAAGAAGAAGGCCCACACAGGCAACACUAUCAAGGGCGUGCCGACCGGCGAGGGCGCUCUGCCCAACGUGCCUCACUUUACGAGGAUAUACCUCGACGACGGGUCAUAUUCGAUCAUGUCCUUCCUGCUCACAACAACAACAGCAGAAAUCAUCAAUAUCCUCGCCGGCGGAACAGAGGGCAAGAAGGUUCAGACCAGCAUGAAGCUCUACGUCCGCGAGCACGGACAGGACCGACAACUGCUACCUGGCGACCGACCAUUGGGGCUGCAGGCUCGACGACUGCUGCAGGCUGGCUACACCGAGGCCGAGCACAUCGAGGAGAUUGGAAAGGAGGACUUGACGAUGCUCUGCAAGUUCAUCUACCAGACGCCAGUGUUGCCAGUCAUCAAUCCGGAAGAGGAAUCCGCGUACGAGUCGUUCGAGUUCAUCGACCUCUCCGGCCGCGACCUCCAGGUCAUCCCCAUCUUCCUUCACCUGCACGCCGACAACAUCAUUAUUCUCAAUGUGUCGCGCAACCCCAUGACCGACUUGCCGCUCGACUUUAUCGACGCGUGUACCAGCCUCAAGGAGCUGCGCAUGUCCAACAUGGCCCUCAAGCGAGUACCGGCCAGUAUCCGCUCGAGCGCCACCCUGUCCCGUCUCGACCUGUCGUGUAACCGCAUUGCCGAUCUCGAGUCGGUCAACCUGUCGGACAUCACCACUCUGCUCUCCCUCAAGGUCCAGAACAACAGGCUCAGCUCGAUCCCGUCCUACUUCCUCCAAAUGAAAGCACUCAAGUACCUCAACAUCUCGAACAAUGUGUUCGAAAAGUUCCCCGAGGUCGUGUGUGAGAUGAGCAACCUUGUUGAUCUCGACGUGUCAUUCAACCAGAUCGACGAGCUGCCUUCCGAGAUGUCCAACCUCAAGUCUCUGGAACGUCUCACGUGUGUUGGUAACGCGCUGAGAGAGUUCCCCGAGUCGUUCAGCACGCUCGCCAACCUUCGAGUCCUCGACGUUCGCCGUAACAAGCUCAUCGACUUGACGCCAGUGUACGCAUUGCCGAACCUCGCGACGCUCCGUGCCGACAGCAACGACCUGGUUACCCUCGACACGGAGCUCGGAGCAAAGGUCCGAGACUUCAGUGUGCCCCACAACUCGAUCACGCGGUUCACGCUGGCAUGCUCACCCGGUUCGACCAUCUCGUACUCGCUCACGCACCUCAACCUGUCAUACGGCAAGAUCUCGGUGCUGGACGACGGUGCCUUGAGUGAACUGGUCAAUCUGGUGGAACUCAACCUCAACUUCAAUCAGUUCAACCGUCUCCCGCAGACGCUUGACAAGCUGGUCAACCUCGAGGCCUUCUCAUGUACCGACAACAUGCUGUCAACCUUCCCUGUGGGCUGCCUGGGCAAUAUGACCAAGCUGAGAAUCUGCAACAUCCACAAUAACAACCUUGCGGAGAUUCCGGCGGAUCUGUGGCUGUGUCCCUCACUCGAGGUCAUCAACCUCUCAUCCAACCUGUUGCAGCUGCUCCCCAAUCCGCCCACGUCGUGGGUCGACAAGGCGAUGGACCCGCAGCGCAAGUUGUCGGUCGUGUCGUCGACUUCGGACAAGUCCAGACGGGUUCCGCCAGCGGGCGUCUCGCUCAAGAGCCUCUUCCUCGCCGAUAACCGCCUCGCCGACGAAAUCUUCCACCAGAUCGCCCUCUUCUCCAAGCUCAAGGUCUUGAACGUCAGCUUCAACGAGAUCCAGGAGAUCCCAUCCUACACGCUCAGCCGGUGCGACAAGCUUGAACAGCUCUACCUCUCGGGCAACAAGCUCACCUCGCUUCCAUCGGAGGACCUCGAGCAGCUCACAAACCUUAGGGUGCUCCACGUCAACGGUAACAAGCUCCAGACACUACCAGCCGAGCUCGGCCAUCUCUCGCAUCUCAGCCACUUGGACGUCGGCUCCAACGUCCUCAAGUACAACAUUUCCAACUGGCCUUAUGACUGGAACUGGAACUGGAACACGGCACUGCGGUACCUGAACUUGUCGGGCAACAAGCGUCUCGAGAUCAAGCCCAGCAGUGGUCAAGAGAUGUCGCAUGCGACAGUGCAUCAGCAGCAUGCUGCCGGCCCAAGGAAGGACUUGUCCGACUUCAACGGUCUCACCCACCUACGUGUUCUGGGCCUGAUGGACGUCACCUUGCGUAUCCCCUCGCUUCCCGACGAGUCGGACGAAAAACGUGUACGAACGUCAUUCUCUGAGAUCAACAACAUGGCAUACGGCAUCUCAGACAUGCUUGGCUCGGUUGAGCACUUGGCAAUGUUUGACCUCGCAGUCCCCAACUUUCGAGGAAGCGCACAAGAAUGCUUGUUUGGCAUGUUUGGUCGUGCCGCUCCAUCUGUCCCUGCAGGCAAGAUCCCCAAGUACUUGCAAGAGAACUUCUCCAGCACCCUUGCGGACCAGCUCAAGGUGCUCCAGCCCGAGGAAGCCGUCACCGAGGCAUUACGACGGACAUUCUUGAACAUCAACAAGGCGACGUUUGACCACCUGUCUGGCAUCGACGACCGUCACCGCCCCUCGGACGCAAGCUUCAUGUCGAUCGGCAACGCGCGCAAGUCGACCAUGCACUCGCAGCUACGAACCGGUGCCUCAGGCGCGGUGGUGUACGUUGUCGACAAGACGUUGCACUGCGCCAACGCUGGCGACGUUCUUGUUGUGCUCUCUCGCGGUGGCAACUACGAAUUGUUGUCGAGGCGGCACGACCCCACUGAGCGUGACGAAAGUCAGCGUAUUCGACGAGCCGAAGCCUGGGUGUCGCCCAAGGGUCUGGUCAACGACGACAAGGAGAUUGAGAUCUCACGUGCGUUCGGAUUCUACCAGGCCUUGCCGGCUGUCAACGCCUCGCCCGAAGUCCGCACCCGCGUGCUAACGGAGGCCGACGAGUUUGUGAUUAUCGGCAACUCGGCAUUGUGGAAGUGCUGCUCGUACCAGACGGCGGUGGACAUUGCACGUACCGCGAAGGACGACCCGAUGAUGGCCGCGCAGAAGCUGCGUGACUUUGCCAUCUCCUACGGCGCCGAGGGCAGUGUCAUGGUCAUGGUUGUCAGCGUCAGCGACCUGUUCGGCAAGCGCGGUCGCGCUCUCACAGGUCCCGCUCCUCCCGAAGACGACCUCAUCAAGCGCGCAUACCAGAAGAGGCGCAACGCCGAGGUCGAGGUCGGUGAUCGUACGCUCAACCGCUUGCAGCAGGAGAUCGACCCACCAACCGGCACCGUCGCCAUUGUGUUUACCGAUAUCGUCAACUCGACAGCCUUGUGGGAGACGAACCCGGGCAUGCCUACUGCAAUUAAGCUCCACCACUCGUUCAUGCGCCGGCAGCUGCGACUCGAUGGAGGCUACGAGGUCAAAACUGAAGGCGACGCUUUCAUGGUGUCGUUCCAGAGUGUCACGGCCGCUUUGCUGUGGGCUUUCAACUGCCAGAUUGGUCUGUUGCAACAGGAGUGGCCACGAGAGCUGCUUGAAUCAGAGGACGGCAAGGUCAUGUACGACUCGAAGGGCCACAUCAUCCACAGAGGUUUGCGAGUCCGAAUGGGUGUCCACUGGGGCUCGCCCGAGUGCGAGGUCGAUCCGAUCACGCGCCGAAUGGACUACUACGGCCCGAUGGUCAACCGUUCGGCCCGUGUCAGUGCUGGUGCGGACGGAGGCCAGCUCAUGGCGUCGCAGGAUGUGCUCAACGUCAUCCGCUCGCUGCGCGAGUACAUUGAAAGCUCGGACGAGCACUCGCUCGACGAGUUGCCGCCUGACGUCAAGCGCGAGGUGCUGGAGCUCCGUCGUAUCGGCGGUAUUGAGAUCAAGGAGGUCGGCGAGCGCAAGCUCAAGGGUCUAGAAGUGCCCGAGAAGCUGUCGGUUCUGUUCCCGAAGACCCUGUCGGGUCGUCUCGAGCUCUUCUCCGGUUUGCGUGCCAACGUCGAGGUCAACGAAGCGCGGUCAUACGCGUCCGAGAAGCACAUCGAGGACGCGAGGCAGCUGUCGGCUCUGGUGCUCCGUCUCGAGGCGCUGUGCGCAUUGCAGCAUGCUCCUGCGCCGCCAGGCGACAGAACGGGCCCACUCAACAGCCCCGCACUCCCGCCACCAGAGCGGAUGAGCCUGGCGUCGGCGAGAAAGAGCAUCUCCACUGGUCCUGGGGCGCCUCCACGCCCCGCGCCGAUCAGCGCGGCUCUGGGUCCGAGCAUCCGCGACAACAUCACCGAGGACGAGUUGAUCGAAGUCCUCGGGAGCUUGACGACGCGUGCCGAGAACUCGCUCAGUACACUCUACCUCAAGCACCUUGGUGGCUUCUCUACGGUCCUCGCUGCGCUCGAAAAGGCCACGCGCGUAGACCAGUCGCUACUCGUGCAUGCGCUGAGCCUGAUGAACGGCGCGAUGAGCGGCGCGCCAUAGUCUUUCGACAUUUCCCAUUCUCCGUCUGUUUGUUUGUUUCGCUAUACCUAUCCCCCCCGCUGCUUCGUCUUGCUUCACGGCGUGUUUGUCUCCAUCUUUAGUGUACCAUCAAGUGGGAGAGUUGGUUGUGCGAUUGCAUAGAAAGUGUAUGCCAUGCAAUGAAGUUGCC